AACCAGAGGGGGCAGAUCUGCCGCAUAGCCAACGGAAACUCGUCGGGUGCUCGUCAGACGCGACGCGUCCGUGAUCACGCACGGUCCACCACGCGAGAAAGAGGAAGGUCCCGUUGCGUUCGUUCAGUCAUUUCGGACGUGGGAAACGGGGAAGACUUACUCUACCUCUCUGAUCGUCGACCGAGCACUGCCAUCGAGAAAAAUAUCCAUUCAUCUUCGUCGAUAAUCUGUACGAAAGCUUCGAUACUCGUGGGUCCGUGACACGGGAACUGACCGACCGAUCGGGGCCCGCUGAUUGCGUGCGAGCUUUCCAUGCAGCGAGGGUGGAGGCAACACGUCCGAAGUGACUGACUGCAACGUGAUUACCUGAAACACAUGGUCCGGUAAUUGUGAUCAUGAUUGGAAACCGUCUUGCGCCGAUCGUCACCCUUAUCCUUGUGGUCUUGCUGUCGUCUGUCCAUCACGGUGAAGCAAUAGUAUGUUAUCAAUGCAACAGCGAAUACGAUCCAAGAUGUGGCGAUCCAUUCGAUCCGUACACUCUUGGGAGCGUGAACUGCAGUAUCCAACCACGGCUGGAGCAUAUGAAGCACAUGGAACCCUCUAUUUGCAGGAAGAUCAGUCAAAAAGUGUACGGCAAGAUCAGGGUAGUCAGAGGAUGCGGAUACAUCACGGACGAGAGGGACAAUGCUGCUUGCAUGAAGAGAUCGGGUACCCACGACGUUCAGGCGCAUUAUUGCUCAUGCACCGGUGAUCUUUGCAACUCGGCAGAAAGCCGUACGCCGUCCUUCUUACUGCCGUUGACGUCUCUGUUCACGGUUGUCCUGGCAUUGCCGAGUCUGCUACUUGCGUACCCGCUCGCGAUACCCACCUUAACUUCGCCGUACUUCUCCAUAGCCUAAAAUGAUCCUUGGCCACUAGCGGACAAAAUACACGACGCCUAAACCGAAUCAACGAUUCAAUAGCGACCGUUCAGAUCCAGGCCAACUCGUUCCCCUCCGAUUUCUGUUCCUUCGAAUUGACGCUCGUCGCCCGGGAAUCGACGAAUCAAACGCGGAGAAUUUUAGUUUCGUCGUACCGGGAAAAGGAAUUCUUUUGUUCUUAUUCGACCCGUACCGAUUGUCGGUAAAACAGGGGAGAUACAAGAUCGUCAACUAGUUGGCUACAAUUACGGUCACCAUUGUCGCUCUUAUUUUUCUAAAAGAGACGCUUUCAAUUGCGAAGGAGAAAAAGGGAAUGUGAGAAAGAGAGCGAAAGAGCACAAUAUAACGAACACACUAGAUCCGGGACUCGAACGAUUCACAAAAAAGAAGAAAAAAUGAAGAAACAAGGAAUACUUAUAGUU